ACGUCUAUAGUCUGCUUCCUAAUACAUUGCAUGCUCCUAUAUAGUGGUCCUUAUAUAUAGAAGCAGAUAUUGGGGUACACAAGAUAGCUAGACAUUGGUUGAGGGUGUGAAACAGUGAAAUGUUGUUCAAGAGCACUCCCAUGUUUGAUAUCAUGAAGCUCCUUUUCUCUGUUUUAAUGGUUCUGAGUAUGCUCACUCCCGGAUUGAGCAGCACUACAACUUUCAAUGUUUUGAAAUAUGGAGCAGUUGGAGAUGGAAAAACCAACGAUUCCCCUGCCUUUCUGAAGGCGUGGACAGAUGUUUGCCAAAGCAACUCAGAUGUAUCUCAGCUCAUAAUACCAGCCGCAAGGACAUUCUUGCUGAAACCAAUAACCUUCGCUGGUCCAUGCAAAUCUAAAUAUAUCCUCAUUCAGCUUUCAGGGAACAUUGUUGCACCUACAAAAUCAGGAUUUUCUGGAUCUCACCUAAACACAUGGCUUGGCUUCAAAUCCAUCAAUGGUUUAGCUAUCAGUGGAAAAGGGACAAUUGAUGGUCAAGGCUCUGCCUGGUGGAAGCAACCUUGCUUAGGAAAUCCAAUACCUGGUACAGAGUGCCGUCCACCAACAGCAUUAACAUUCAAUAGAUGCUAUCGCCUUCAGCUCAAAGGAUUUACAAGCAUUAAUCCCCCAAGAAGCCAUAUAACUCUAACAAGCUGCAAGAAGGCCAUUAUCAAAAACCUCCAUUUAAUUGCUCCUGGAGAAAGCCCUAAUACUGAUGGCAUUGAUAUUUCUGGCUCAAGGGACAUUCAAGUGCUUAAUUCUUUCAUUGGAACAGGUGAUGAUUGCAUUGCUGUUAGUGCUGGAUCAUCCCUAAUCAAAAUAACUGGUAUAACAUGUGGUCCAGGCCAUGGUAUCAGCAUUGGAUCAUUGGGAGGAAGUGGAGAGUUCGACACUGUAGAGGACGUGCAUGUGAAGAAUUGUACACUGACUGAAACAUUAACAGGAGUAAGGAUCAAGACAAUAAAGGGUGGAGGUGGAUUUGCAAGGAGGAUCUCAUUUGAAGGGAUCAGAUUUGUUCGAGCCAAUAAUCCCAUUAUCAUUGAUCAGUAUUACUGCGUCAAUGGAAUGAAGUGUGAAACCAAGGAUCAAGCGAUCAAGGUGAGUGAUGUAACUUUCAGAGGAAUUACUGGAACAUCAUUGAUGGACAAGGUGAUCAAUUUGAACUGUGACCAGAAUGUGGGGUGCUCCAACAUUGUGUUUGAAAAAGUUUAUAUAGCAUCUGCAGUUCCUGGGAUGAAGGUUUUCUCUUUCUGCCACAAUGCCCAUGGAACAGCUUCCCACGUCAAACCAUCUUUAAAUUGCUUGCUCAAGUAGCUCAAUUCCCAAUUCAGGGACAAGUAUUGAAGAACACUUCAACUUUUAUUGAUUUGUUGUCUUCAGAGCUGCCAUAUUUACUAGUUGGGCAGGGACACCCUUCAGACAUAUUAUUUGCAACGGUUUUUAACCGCCAGAAAGUAACUGAAAUUAUAUGAUUAUCCAUCAUUACCUUUUUUCCCAACCUUUUUUUCCCUGGAAUAAGCUUGUUAGAUUGGUUAUUGACUUCAUGUGUGAUUAUUGAAUAAGUAUGUGUUUGCCUAUCCAUUUGUAUCCAUCUGUAUCAUUGUAAAUGGAUGUUUACAAGCACUUUGAAAACCAGAAAUUUCAUUUUUCAUAAUGGAAAAGUUUGUUCACUUUACAUUUA